AUGAAUGUAUUCAAAAAGCCAAUUAUACGCGUCAACAAUAAUAGUACCUCAUCAAAGAGCAAUCACCUGACCGCAUCUAAGAAACAGCGAGAAGAAGGCUCUUUGCCUACUUUAUUCACAAUCACACCGCAACAACAGCGACAGAAAUUCGAUGAAUUGAAUGAAGUUGAAUCGAAUAGGAUUGUUGAGGGGUUAAAUAACCCCACUGAAUCGAUUUGGUCACUUUCUGCAUCCAUAUUGAAAACAAACAAAAACCGAAACCGGUAUUCCAAUGUUAUGCCAUGGAAUGAAACCAGGGUCAAGUUACCAGUCAAGAACGAAGCAACUUAUUCCGAUUACAUCAAUGCAUCGCAUAUAAAAUUACAAAUUAAAGGUGACACAUUGAUCAAUAGAUACAUUGCAUGUCAAGGGCCGUUGGAAUCAACAAGAAAUCACUUUUGGUCAAUGUGCUUUAAUGAACUGGAGAAACAAGGAAAUGAAGUUGUCAUCAUUGCCAUGGUUACACCACUAACCGAACAAGGAAUGGUGAAAUGUGAUAAAUACUGGCCUGAGUUGGGUGAAACUUGGCAAUUCUCUCAGAAAAAUAUUGAAGAUGGUAUCGUGUUGGAGGAAUUAACAAUCAAGAAUGUGAAUGAAACUUAUGAUGCCAAUGAAGACUACUUGUUGACAGAGUUUGAGCUCAAAUCAGGAACAAAGACAAAAAAGGUUUACCAUUUCUAUUAUUAUAAAUGGGCUGAUGCUAAAGUCCCACAUUCAAUCACACCAUUGGCCAAUCUAUCUCGCCAUAUAAACGAAGUUAAGCAAGCAACUACAAGUCUGCCAGAAAACCAAGCAGUUCCCAUAAUUCAUUGUUCUGCUGGAGUUGGAAGGUCGGGUACUUUUAUGGUUUAUGAUCAUUUGUUUCGAGAUAAGGACAAGUUUCGUACUAUUCUUGACAGCAAUCCAACAAAAGAUUUAGUAUACAAGGCUGUUUUCCAGUUGAGAACACAGCGGAUGAUGAUGGUUCAAACUGUUUACCAAUAUCAGUUCUUGUAUGACGUGGCCAAGGAAAUCUAUUAUGAGGAGAAAUGA